GAGUGUGCAGGAGCAAGUAGUUGCAAAGUGUUGGCCUCGGCUUGCGGAUUGCGGUUCCCGCACCUUUCCUCGCUCUUUUUUUCGCACAGCCGUCUUCAUCCCACCCGAUCGCUCUACUUCGUUGGCGGAACAUCUUACCUCAUGAUGAAUUAGGAAAGGAAGAGAAUUUAUCUUCAGAAAUGGAGAGCAGCGCAUCCUUGAGUAGUAACGUGCAGAACGAUUCCCGCGUAGCCCUGGAGAAGUGUCCCAGUCCAGCCAAUGGAACCAGAGAAAUGGAUUCAGAUGAAGGUUCAAGUAUGGAGGACACUGAUUUCAACUGGGAUGAAUAUUUGGAAGAAACCGGUUCAAGUGCUGCUCCUCACACUUCAUUUAAACAUGUGGAAAUCAGCCUGCAGAGCAGCUUCCAACCGGGGAUGAAGUUAGAAGUGGCGAAUAAGAACAAUUCGGACACCUACUGGGUAGCCACCAUCAUCACCACCUGCGGGCAGCUUCUGCUGCUGCGUUACUGUGGUUACGGAGAUGACCGCCGGGCCGACUUCUGGUGUGAUGUCAUGACGGCCGACCUCCACCCGGUUGGGUGGUGUACGCAGAACAACAAGGUGCUCAUGCCGCCAGAUGCAAUUAAAGAGAAGUACAUCGAUUGGACGGAAUUUCUCAUUCGUGAUUUGACUGGCUCUCGAACAGCACCAGCCAAUUUACUGGAAGGUCCUCUGCGAGGGAAAAACCCUGUAGACCUCAUUACAGUUGAUUCCUUAAUAGAGCUUCAGGAUUCCCAGAACCCCUUUCAGUACUGGAUAGUUAGUGUGAUUGAAAAUGUUGGAGGAAGAUUACGCCUUCGCUAUGUGGGAUUGGAGGAGACUGAAUCCUAUGACCAGUGGUUGUUUUACUUGGAUUACAGACUUCGACCAGUCGGUUGGUGUCAAGAGAAUAAAUACAGAAUGGACCCACCUUCAGAAAUCUAUUCUUUGAAGAUUACAUCUGAGUGGAAAUGUGCUCUUGAAAAAUCCCUUAAUGAUGCCGCAAAGUUUCCUCUUCCAAUGGAAGUAUUCAAGGAUCAUGCAGAUUUAAGGAGCCAUUUCUUCACAGUUGGGAUGAAGCUGGAGGUUGUGGCCAUGAAUGAGCCAUUCAAUAUCUGUCCUGCAUCAGUGACGAAGGUUUUUAACAAUCAUUAUUUACAAGUGACGAUCGAUGACCUGAGAAUGGAACCUAGUGAGAUCUCAAUGCUCUGCCAUGCUGAUUCCCUAGGGAUUUUACCAGUUCAGUGGUGCCUUAAAAACGGAGUCAACCUCACACCUCCGAAGGGUCACUCCGGCCAAGACUUUGACUGGGCGGACUAUCAGAAGCAGCAUGGGGCCGAGGCAGCACCUCAUUUCUGCUUCAGAAACACUUCAUUCAGUCGGGGAUUCACAAAGAACAUGAAGUUGGAAGCAGUGAACCCCAGGAAUCCCGGAGAACUCUGUGUGGCCUCCAUUAUCACCGUGAAAGGAAGACUGAUGUGGCUUCACCUGGAAGGUCUGCAGGCUCCGGUUCCCGAGUAUAUUGUUGACGUCGAGUCGAUGGACAUCUUCCCAGUUGGCUGGUGCGAGGCGAACGCAUACCCCUUGACUCCACCACACAGAACGCUUUUGCAAAAGAAGAGAAAGAUUGCAGUCGUGCAACCAGAAAAACAAUUGCCAUCCACAGUGCCUGUUGAGAAAAUACCUCACGACCUUUGUUCGCUCCCUCAGCCUGACACAACAGGUAUCGUCAACGGGAAAUACUGCUGCCCCCAGCUCUUCAUCAACCACAGGUGUUUCUCAGGCCCGUACCUCAAUAAGGGCAGAAUAGCAGAGCUACCUCAGUCGGUUGGGCCAGGCAAAUGUGUACUUGUUCUUAAAGAGGUUCUCAGCAUGGUGAUCAAUGCCGCUUACAAGCCUGGAAGGGUGUUACGGGAGCUACAGCUCGUGGAAGACCCCCAGUGGAAUUUCCAAGAAGAAACCCUGAAAGCAAAAUACAGAGGCAAAACCUACAGGGCAACUGUCAAGAUUGUGCGCACGUCUGACCAGGUAGCAGAUUUUUGCCGGAGGGUCUGUGCCAAGCUGGAGUGCUGCCCGAACUUGUUUAGUCCGGUGCUGGUCACUGAAGUCUGUCCAGAGAACUGCUCCAUCCACACCAAAACCAAAUACACCUAUUAUUAUGGAAAGAGAAAGAAGAUCAUUAAGCCCCCAAUUGGGGAAAACAGUGUGGAAAGUGGACAUACCAAGCCAGCCCGGCGCAGGAAACGGCGAAAAUCCAUUUUUGUGCAGAAGAAAAGGCGAUCAUCUACAGUAGAUUUUACUGCAGCAUCUGCAGAGGAGAGUGAAGAGGAGGACCCAGAUGCCAUGGAAGAAGAUACGGGAAGCGAGGAGACCAGCUCGGAACUCCGGGACGAUCAGACGGACACGUCGUCUGCCGAGGUCCCCUCGGCCCGGCCCCGGAGAGCGGUCACCCUGAGGAGCAGCACGGAAUCCGACCGCCCCCCGCCGGUGGAGAGAGCGAGGAGGAGUCGGCGGGCUCCGGCCUUCUCCUACGCCGAGGGAGACUCGGGCCCCCAAGCCAAGCAGGAGGGGACGGAGGAAAUUAAGCAAGAGGAAGAAGAGAAGCUAGUCCUGGAGAGUAACCCGCUCGAGUGGACCGUGAUGGAUGUGGUGAGGUUUAUUAAACUGACAGACUGCGCUCCGCUGGCCAAAAUUUUUCAGGAACAGGACAUUGACGGCCAAGCCCUGCUGCUGCUCACCCUGCCGACUGUGCAGGAGUGCAUGGAACUGAAGUUGGGACCCGCUAUCAAGCUGUGCCACCAGAUCGAGAGAGUCAAAGUGGCUUUCUAUGCACAAUACGCCAACUGACCGUUCAGGCCCCUUGGCCUGGCUGGUGAGGGGAAGGAAGAGGGAGGGGAUUCACCCGAAGGCUACUUGCUUUCCAAGCAGGGAGUUGAAAUGUGCAGCCCCGAGACACCUCUGUAAAGGAUGCAUCCCACCCAUUUGCCCUCUCCCACCAGGCCUGCUCAACAUUUCCAUGUUUCUAAAGCACAUCCAAUUGCUGCCGUAGCCGCUUCUCAAGAGCGGAACUGAGUGUGCUACGAGGUGGCCCACCUCAGCCUGACGGACGCUCCGGUCUCUGCCUCCGCUACCCUCCCGUUGAGAUUCUCCAACCAGCCAGAUGCAUUUCCACAAGGAAAAUGUUUGGGAUCAAACCGGUUUGUUCUUCAUCCAAACAGGAUAAUGGGCUCUGCUGAACACAAGUGAUCCUCGAACGCACUCCUUACACACUUCUUUCAUAUUGAAAUGUGUGUGUGGGGUGGUGUAGAGUGACCUUUGGCUCUGUUGCCCUUUACCCUUCUUGGUGGUCAAUCUUUUUCUGUCUUGUGCCAGUGAGAGCCUUGCAGGCCCUAGUAACACAACCCGAUCGAUAAAGAAGCUGAAUCGUAACUAAAGCUCCAUUCUGGGCUGGAACUUGUCGCGCAGAAGAAACAUUUGAGAAGAAAAGAGACUCGAAGCAGCAGCGGAGCCAAAUGUGAUGUUGGACCCCCCCCCCCUUUGUCCCACCCAAUUUCCCUGGAACCGGGUCAGCUCGGGGGUAGGUUCAUUCACCGUCCGAUAGCAACGAGCCCAGAAGGUGAAAGCACAUGAAGAGAUGUGUAGGCUUCUCAAAAUCCACAUCCAUAGGGGCAGGAGCAGGAUUCAAGGCAGAAACAAUUGGGCUGGGGGGAUCCCAGAUGACUCACACCUGGAGGCCUGGGGCCUGGUUGGCCACAAUGUCUGUGGUCACCCUCCCACCUCGACCCCCCGCUCUCCCAGAAACUGCUCGGGUAGGGAGGCUUGGAGGGGCGAGGCAGGAGGGCCCACAGAAUCAGGCACAUCAAAGCAAUCCCCUCUCCAUCCUCCAUCUUGCUAUGAAAAGGGUAGCUUCCCCCAUCAUGAACCUCCCUGCAAUUCCUCUCAGUACAGGAUUUAAGGGAGUCCUUUUUCAGGUUCCUGUCAUCUCUGCCUACUCCGCCUCGACAUUCAAUGAAGACAGAUUUUUUUUUCCUUGGCACCAUUAAAGGUCUCACUUCCUUUUUUUGACCUUUGCCUAUCAUCAUCAAAAAAACUUCUCC